UCGUUGUUAUCUUCAGGUUUUUCUCUAAUUUAAAAAAGAUUUCUCUACGAUGAUCGCUCCGGUCGCCAGGCCCGUAGCACGGCCAUGGACGGACGAUCUCCCGAAGUGCCGCAAUACGUGCGUGGCGUCGUAUUUCUCGCGGCUCGGAGGCGGGAAUGUUGACUCCAAUGAUGACUAUCUCUGCUUCCAUUGCCAGACUGAAGAUAACUCGAGCUUAUACGGAGUAUUUGAGCCCCACAAUGGACUGGAGGCAGCCCAGUUCAUUAUGUUAGAAUAUAUAAUCUCCAUAUACCAUCUGUCACCCACUGCCGCUGUGCCUGAUUCACUGUAUUUCAGGAAUGCUUUCAACUCGGUUGAAAAGGCUUACAUCGAGAAUUAUGACAGCAUGAUUGCUGAGAGGACAAGCUUACAGUACCAAUUACAGACUCUCACGGAGUCACAGGUAACUUCACAAUUUCUGGCUAGUCAAAUAGUACAGGCAGUAGAUGCAAUCCUGGCUAGAUUGAAGGAGAUAGACAGGCAUUUGUCAGGUGGCGCCACUGUUGUCGUCGCUCUCGUUCAUAAUAACAAGUUAUUUUGCGCCAAUGUGGGUUGCUGCCGGGCUUUACUCUGUCGAACGGACGCCAAUUCUGUAUUACGAGUAGUACAGUUGACGGCGGACCACAGUCUGGCCAAUGAAGAUGAGUUGUUGCGGCUGAGGCAACUGGGGUUGGACACUAACAAACUAAGAAACGGCAUGUACGUGGGAAACCAGGCCGGCACGCGUUGUCUCGGGAAUUAUUUGGUGAAGGGGCUGUACAAGGCGUUCCCGGCGCUGGGCGGCGCGCGCGCCGCGCCCGUGGCGCCGCAGCCCGAGCUGCACGGGCCCGUCGCGCUCGACGACUCCUGCAGAUUCCUCGUCCUCGUAAGCUCCGGGGUGUACAAGCGAAUAGCCGAAGUGAAAGGCAGCAGCGAACAAGCCAACAAGCAACUCGCCCAAAUCAUAGUUGAGAACUUCCGCUCCCAGACUGACUUCAAAAAAGUCUCCCAGUCCGCUCUCCACGAGAUCGAGCAAGAAUUCGUCUCUUACUGUGUCAAGAAUAACUUAACACCGAAAUCUAACACACAUAUGACAUUAUUAAUAAGGAAUUUUAACUUUAUUCAUAUCGAUCCGGAGCCAAAUUUGGUUCAGAAGCAACAGAAUCCAUCAGUUCGCUUCAAUCCUAUCGUUCAAUCUAAAUCGAAUACAUUAUUAAACGAGUUGGAUUCUGAAAUUUAUUCAUCUGAAACAACAGAGUCUAAUGUAGAUACGAAUAGGUCUAACCGGUCUACGGAGUCAGGUUCGGAUAUAGAACCCGGAAGGCAGUUUGAUAGGGACAGGAAGAUUAAAGGAUAUGUUGAUUUUUCGUGUUAUUAUGAGAAUGUGGAGAAGGCGAGGAAAAAUGGGACCUUGCCCAGUUUUAUUGAGUGAUUUGAAAUAAGAUAUUAAGUAAUAUCAAAGAAGAUCGAGUAUUAUAGAGCUAGAGUUACUGUCAAAGUAAAAUGUGUAAUCACAGUGCAUAGACUGCCAUCUCUUGACACAGGCUUAAAACUUUUGAACCUCAGUUUUGACAAUUUGG